AUGGAUAUUUUCAAGCGACUGCAGAUUAAUAUUCCUAUUUUGGAUGCUAUGGAGCAGAUGCCAACUUAUGCAAAAUUCAUGAAAGAGCUCCUAACAAAGAAAAGAAAAUUUUCUGAAGAGACAGUGGAGCUGGAAGCAGGGUGCAGUGCUAUAAUCCAGAAAUCAUUACCUCAGAAAUCUAAAGACCCUAGGAGAUUCACAAUUCCAGUACCAAUUGGAACAUUGCCAAUAGAUAAAGCAUUGCUCGACUUGGGUGCAAGUAUAAAUUUGAUGCCUCUGUCUAUGCUACGAAGAAUAGGAGAUUUGGAAGUAAAGCCUACAAGGAUGACACUACAAUUAGCUGACAGAUCUUUGAAGUAUCCAUAUGGAAUGGUAGAGGAUGUUUUAGUAAAAGUUGACAAAUUCAUAUUCCCAGUCGAUUUUGUUGUGAUGGAUAUUGAGGAAGACAUUGAAGUCCCUCUGAUACUGGGAAGACCUUUCAUGAAAACAGCCAAGGUCAUUAUUGAUGUUGAUGAUGGCAAACUGAAGGUCAGAGUGCAGGAUGAUGAAGUCAACUUUACUGUAUUCGAGGCAAUGCAACACACUAAAGACAAACAACAAUGUUUCAAAGUGGAUGUGAUAGAUGAAACUUUUUUAUCAGCUAGGAAGCAAGUGACAAAAGCAAACCCUUUAAAAAAGGCUUUAGCUGGUGUUCAUGAUCCAAAGGCAGCAGGAGAAAAAAGAAAAUUACAACUGCCAGAAUUGGAGGAAAGGAGACUCAGCACUUAUAAGUCCUCUAAGCUCUACAAGGAAAAGAUGAAAGUUUAUCAUGACAAGAAAAUUCUCAAAAGAGAAUUUUAUCCAGGCCAAUCAGUGUUAUGGUUCAAUUCCAGGUUGAGAUUAUUCCCUGGAAAGCUAAAAUCAAAGUGGUAA